UGGUCGUUCCAUUAUUGUCCUGUUGAUGGCAGUCGAGUGUCGCGUCACACCGGAAAAAGACAAAGGACAGCAACUUCCGGAUGAAUUGUGUUUUGGGGACCGAAUUAGAAGGGCUUGUUGUUGUGCCACGGGAUUAAAUGGGCCAUUUCGCUCGAAACGGAUAAAACAAAGAAAGAGGAAGACUUUUAAACAUCUGGUUCAUACGAUUGUGUCGAUAUUAGAUAACGUUACAAGGCCGUUGAGGGAACCAGUUAGCCUAGCCGCUUCGAGUUUUACGGUGGCAGCACCAUGGACGGCAGCGCCAGUGUCAGGAGAGCCCUGUGCGGGACUCUGGUGCCCGCCACCCUCACCGCCGAAGUCGUCAGGUUGGAACCCACCGACGCAGACACCCUCGCGGAAAAGCCACGCAAAAAGGUCCUCAACGAGGAGGAUUACAUUGAGAGCUUGGAGAAAAUCGUCCAGAGAGACUUCUUCCCGGAUGUGACUAAACUGCAGGCUCAGAAGGACUAUCUCGACGCAGAGGAGAGCGGCGACCUAGAGCGCAUGCGAGAAAUCUCCAUCCGCUAUGGGAAGUCCAAAACUACACCCCAGUCCUCGGCGCCAUAUGUGACGCCGGCUAGCUUUGAGACACCAGUGGGCCGAGCAGGUUCCCCGUCCAUUUCCAACAGAGGCGCAGAUGCUGAAAGCGUGGUAGGCGACAAAGGCGAGGAGAAGGAACUUCCAUCACUGGAUCGCUUCCUUGCCAGAAAUACCAGUGAGGACAACUCGUCCUUCGAGCAGAUCAUGGAGCUGGCUGAUGACAAGGAGAAGAUGAAGCACGCGUGGUUGUACGAGGCCGAAGCAGAGUUCAAACAGCGUCACCAGUCAAACCUCGCCCUACCAGAAGCAGAGAAGGCCGCUCUGCAGUGUGUAAAAGCCGGCCUGGAAACGUGGGAAUAUAAAGCCAAGAAUGCCUUGAUGUACUAUCCGGAAGGCGUCCCAGACGAUGAGGUGAUCUUCAAGAAACCUCGCGAGGUAGUUCACAAGAACACGCGCUUCACCGGCGACCCGUUCAGCAAAGCGCUAAACAAGAGCCAGAUUCAGCAAGCAGCUGCACUUAACGCACAGUUCAAACAGGGUAAAGUGGGUCCAGACGGCAAAGAGUUAAUCCCGCACGAUUCUCCCAUGGUCAACGGUUACGGCUUUGAAAGGACGCCUUCUCCUGCCCCUGGUGUGGCCGAAUCACCUCUAAUGACGUGGGGCGAAAUCGAGGGCACGCCAUUCCGUUUGGACGGAUCCGAUACGCCGUACGCCGAGAGGAACCAUGGCCCUUCGUUUAAGAUUCCCGAGCCGGGGAGACGAGAGCGACUAGGUUUGAAGAUGGCCAACGAAGCUGCCGCCAAAAAUCGAGCUAAAAAACAGGAGGCCUUGAGGAAAGUUACUGAGAACCUGGCUAGCCUGACUCCGAAAGGCCUGAGCCCAGCGCUGACGCCAGCGCUGCAGCGACUGGUCAACCGCACGUCCAGCAAGUACACGGACAAAGCUCUUCGGGCCAGCUACACGCCGUCGCCUUCCCACCGUGCCGUCGGCCUAAAGUCGCCCUUCGGCGGUGCGGCCACGCCCUCGGGCACACCCACAUCCGACAAAGCCAAGACGCCGGACGUGUCGUCGCUUACAGACAAUCUGCUACAGCUUCCCAAGAGGCGGAAAGCCUCUGACUUUUUCUAACUGGACAUUUUGGUGGACUUGAAAGCUACGUGAGGAAUUUGACAUGCUGGUGAAUGGACAGUAGGUUAUUUAUUGGUGUUGUUCACAUGUAACAGAAUAGCACCGGUACAAUACAUAUUCAAUAUCUGCUUUUUAAAGCAUCAUAUUGUGUUUUUGUUGAAUAACUCUCACAAGUGUGAAUUGUUUUUUCUAUGUUCCUAUUUGCCAUCUUUUUUUGAUAAGAAAAUGAAAAUACCCAGUGGGUCAAAGUUGCUACACUUCUGUAUUGUUUCUCUUUGAAAGCUAUAAUAAUCUCAUGCUUAGCGCUACUUUUAUGCAUAAAAAAAAUAAUAAUUUCAGGCGUAUCUCAAGAGUUGAUGGCCAAAAGGUAAGAAACGUUAUCUUGUCAGAAAUGAGAGUGAAUGCAAUACUGUAGAAAAGGUAAAAAUGUUAAAAUAUCCAUGUUAUUUUUUUUAAUGGAGGAUGGAGAAAACAACCAAUUGAUUAUUAAAAGGAGACUUUUAAUAUA